AUGGUCACUGCGACCUGCCACAGCUACUGCUCCUCCAGAUCGAUCUACUGCUCCUCCCCUCCAGAUCGAGCUACUGCUCCUCGAUCUCCUCCAGAUCGAGCUACAGCUCCUCCCCUCCAGAUCGAGCUACUGCUCCUCGAUCUCCUCCAGAUCGAGCUCUGCUCCUCCCCUCCAGAUCGAGCUAUUGCUCCUCCCCUCCAGCUCCUCCCCUCCAGAUCGAGCUACUGCUCCUCCCCUCCAGAUCGAGUAGUUCCUCCCCUCCAGAUCGAGCUACUGCUCCUCCAGAGCCACCUCCACCUCUUCAACCCGCCGAUCCACCGCUCUCCCGCCGCCAUCUCCGCCGCCCACGGCCCCGUUGUUCUCCUGCACUUCGGUUCCCGCCCCGUCCUCCUCGUGUCCUCUCCGUCUGCCGUCGAAGAGUGCUUCACCAUCCUCGUCCUCGACGUCGCCUUCGCGAACCACCCCCGCUUCCUCGCCGGCAAGAUCCUCGGAUACGACUUCAUCGCCAUCCUGUGGGCGCCCUACGGGUCCCACUGGCGUCGCCUCCGCCACAUCACCUCCAUGCACUUGCUCGCGUUCGACAGCCUACACCAAGACGGCGGCAGUGGUGGCGCGCCGAGGAGGCUGGAUCUGAAGUCGACUUUGUUCGACCUCGUGUGCGCCAUCAUCGAACAGCUGGUGGUUUCACUGACAGGGGAGACGCAAGAGCAGAGGCUGAUCAUCAAGGAGAUAGUGAGCGAGGGACUACAGUUGAGCGCGGCGGCCGCGAAUGCAGGGGACGACAUGCCGGAGUUUAUGAGAGUGACGUGGCACGGUUUGGAGAAGAGGCUAAUGAGGCUUCAGAGGAGGAGGGAUGAGUUUUGGGGAAAACUCAUAGUGCUGCACCGAGAGAGACGACAGAGCGAGGAUAAUGGCGACGGCGUCGAUGGGGAAGGAAGGGAGACAGUGAUGGACGUUAUGUUGUCGCUGCAGAACAGAGAUCCGGAACGUUACACGGAUGACAUCAUCAAGCGCGUGAUGAUGAUGCUUUUUCACGGUUUGUCCCAAAGUGGACUGCUUAAAACAUUCAUCUCAGAUGCUUUUUCACGGUUUGUCCCAAAGCGGACUGCCUUUUAA